UAAUGUUAUUGCUAUCUAGAAAAAGGUUCAAAAAGGAACCAACGAGGGUCAUUAGUGCACCUUUAAGUGAAGGUUCCAAUUAGAACCUUUUCAAAAAGUUAAAAAAAUUAACCUUUAAGGUUCCCCCACAGUUGCAAUCUCCAGGAACCUCAAAAGGUUUUUGAACCUUUUCUUCUAAGAGUGUAGGAAGCUGAGUCAACAGUGUCAAAAGCUUAUGUUCGUCUUUUUUGGAUGAAAGCAUCUGCUAAAUAAAAAAAUAUUAUGUGGACUUCGACAUUCUAGGUAUCAUCAAUAAUCCAGAGAGCCACAUUAUUUCUGGCUUUUUAUGCAGGACAUCUUUGUAAUAAUAAAAAUACAGCCUUCUAGAUGCAUAUUUUAUUCUAAUGUCUUUCAUGUUUUUUUCCCUGUAAGUAGAAAUAUAAAGUGACCUUGAGUUAUGAAAAGGUCAUGAAAAGCUAUAAAAAAAAUUUAAAUAAAAAUACUACUUCUUAUGCUCAGAGGUUUUUGGUUUUAAUAAUAUCCCUGAUUUAUGGAUUAACAGAAGAAAAUUAAUAGUCAUUCAAAUUGUCAAAUUUCAUAUUAUCUGGAGGAAGUAAUACUAAAAAAAAAAGUUUGAGUUUCAGGCCCUGUUUUGUAAGUGCCCAGUUAGAGUGGACCUAUUGUAAAGCAUUUACUUCAUGUCUAACAGCAGUCAGUGAAGAAAGAUGGCGUCAGUUAAACAGCUGCUUUACGACACACUGGAUGACCUGGAAGAAGAACAUUUGAAGAGAUUUAAGAGCUUCUUAAGAGAAGAUGGACCUAUUCCGGCUUCUGUACUGGAGAAGGCUGAUGCAACAGAUACAGUGGAUCAGAUGCUGGAUCGUUUUGGACCAGAAAGAGCUGUGAAGAUCACACUUGAUAUCCUGAAAAAGAUUACCCAGAACAAUCUUGCUGAACAGUUAGAGAACAAACUCAAGGAAGUCAAGAUCAUCAACUGUGCUCAGACUGGAUUUGAUCUCAAUAAUGAAACAGGUGCAGAAAUAAAUGCUGCAACAGUAAAAAUCAUAUAUUGGAUAAUUCUAGAUCCUGCACACAGUUUACUUUAUAAAUCACAUUGGUAUUAGAUUAUAAAAGUUUUUUUUUUUUUGAAGUCUAUAUACUGCUGAGGUUUGGUAAUAAUGUUGGACAGGUCAGGGUUUGGGAUAUAUUAAUGGGAUAAGUGUGAGUGGUCCUGUACUGCACCAGCAGACCACUUCAGAGAGCCAACUGACUUUUCAACAUACCGACGGUCCAUUUAACCCCUGAAGAUGGAAAUGACUGCCAUUACACCUCAUAUAGAGUGGUAUACAAUGGAGAUAAAAUUAGAGAACAACCUACAAUUUCAAAAUCACUGUUUAGUCCUGUUUGAAGUUAUCCUAACAGGAGUGAAAGCACAUUUUUUUAAGAAUAUUUCAUGAGUUAAAUGUAUUCUGAAGCACAAUAUAAAAAACCUAAAUGAUAUAUCUAAAAUAGAAAGCUGAUAAAAAUUAGAGAAC